AUGGAGAACGACUUUGAAAGAGAAUAUCCAUUUACAGGUGAUAAAAAUUAUGAUAGAUUGGUUAUUUCAUUUUAUAUAUUUAGAGGUGUAACUUGUUUUAUAUUUUUUAUGUUAAAUUUACCUCAAUGUUAUUAUGAAUAUAAUUUUUUAAAAAAAAAGAAAAAGAAAUUAUUUUCACCAAGAUUAUUUACAUUUAUAUCAAUUACAUUUUUCCCGCUCUGUUUGGCAUUAAAUAGUUUUAUUGGUAUAGGACUCAAAAAUACUAAUACAGGUUCAGUAAGUUGGUAUUUUGGAAUGAUUGGAACAAGUUUUUUAUGUACUGAAUGGAUUUAUAUUGGUUUAUAUUGGAUGUCUAUUUUAUAUACCUUCUUUAUAUCGGAUAAAAUUGCAUUUAACAAUAUUAAAAGAACUUUAAUCAUGGCCAAUAUUGUAUCGAUUAUAAGUUUCUUAUGGCCUUUUUCAUUAAUGAUCGUGCUGAAGGAGUUGGGCCCAAAGAAAACCAAAUCCAUUAGUUCAAAUGGUUUUAUUAUUAUGGUUUCUUUAAUAGGUACUUUUAUUUUAGUAAAUGGAUUUGUUUUAAUAAGAUUUUUAAAAAAGCAAGACUCCAAAUCAAACACAUUCAGAAAAUCUUUGGGAAGAACAAAGAAAUUGGCAAUUAUUUUACUUGUUAUAGUUUCUGGCCUAAUUAUAAGAAAUAUAGUGGUUGCAGGUUUAAAAAUACCUGAAAAUUCAAAUAACAACUAUAUUUUCAUUUUUAUAACAUACCUCUUAGAAAUACCUCAAAUUCUUCUGGUCAUGUCUGCUUUGGCCAAUGCUUCCGAUGAUAACAAUAGCUGUUGGAAAAAAUAUUUAACUUUUAGAAAAGUUGUUAGAGAAACC